GCGCUUCUCCCUCCCGCUGCUCUUCUCAACUUCCAAGCUAUUCCCCCUGUCCCGUACUAAAUGCCUCCCUUCUUCUCCUACACCACCCUCCCCUACCAGCUCAAGGAGGGCCCUUAUCCCAUGCGCGAGUUCUUGGAGUAUUUGGUGGAGCUAACUGACGUCGAGCCGCCGCCCUUCGUCGAUGAAGACGCGUGGGAGUUGCACCGUGCGCUGUACAAGUCGGUGGCGCUGGGGAUGUUCCGGUUCUUCGUGGAUCACGAAGACCACUGCAUCGGGAAGCACUUCGUCGUCUACUACGUCAUCACACGGCCCAAGCCAGCGGAGAAGGAAGGGACGGUGGCGCUGUACCCCUUCGCCCAGCUCCAGAUGAUCGAUCCGGGAUUGUUGGAGCUCAUACAUCUUGAGAUCCUCUCCAUUGCGCAAGUGAUCGCGAGCGAGGAGGAGGAAAUCCAACCACGAUUGCGAACGGCGAUGGCCCCGCGGAGGACGUACAACGUGGUCGCCAUCCCGAAUUACAUUGCGCAGCGGGCGGAGAGGUUGGAAGACUUCCACGAGGAAAGGCCGUUGCGGCCUCCCUCGUCGUAUUCUCGACCAGCGCCACCAAAGGCCGCUAAGAAGAUGCCGAGGAGGAAGAGACGCCACCCGUCGCCAGGAGCGCAAGGCAGCAGGAUCGGAGACGGCAAGGAAGUGAUUCAGCCCGCGCGUGCGGCGACGCUCGUUAAGGAGAUAGUUGUGCCAUCGCCGCCAUUUCCGCAUGUGCCCGAUCUCAAUCUUGAUGGAGCCGGACUAUCAUCAUCAGCAGCAGCCGGAGAAGGAAGUCGAAUGGGAUUUCCGGAUCCCAUAUCCAGACCCCCCAUCCUCGCGGGACCUCUCCAGGUGGACUUCAUGGUGGAACCCGCCACCAUCAGGCUCGAGGCCAUCGCGGGGGCGCCGCGCCCUGAUCCGGCCUGGGAGCCAUAUCUGACACCCCCUUUUCAAGGGUGUAUUGCGGCGCGAUUGGCUGGGACGCUCAUCUAUGAGACCGGGCAGCGUCCCAAUGCGAUGUACCACUUCCUUAUCUUCGCGGCGCAGAAGCGCGAGCGGCGGCCUUACACCGAGACUCAUGUGGUGAUGACGGGUCCGGGGCCCCGAUCGGUGCGCAAACGGGUGGUGCGAGCGGUGGCGGAUCUGGGGCCCCAUGUCCUGUCUCAUGUGCCGGGGGCUUUCCUCUAUCCCUCGCUCGUGCAACACCACUUCCAUGAGGAAGAUGCUCCGACGACUCCCGCGGCAAUGGUCGCUUUUCUUCCGCCUAUUCUGCCCCCUCUCAAUCCCGACAUAGAUCACUUCCUCUGAUCACCCCCGUCUACCUUUCCCCUGUUCUCUCCUUCUCCUUCUCUUUAUCGCCUUCUUCUCCUAUCUCCAAAGUUCACGCGA